AUGGCUCAGUUCAGCGACGAUGCGUACAACACAAAGUUGCAGCCGGGAGCAGGGGCUGGGACGCUUAUUGGGAACUGGUUCGAGGAGCGCAUUCUCCGUGAUUCCUCGGGAGAGGGGCGAACUGUACCCCAGCGCCAUGUUCCUCGGUCUGGGCUACUCAAAGACUGGACCAAAGUGCCAACAGUGCCCAGGAAGGGCGAUGAUACCUUCGACCGAGUCUAUGGCCCCAAGAGCAGCUUGCAGUGGGAGGCUGCUUCUCACAUGAUCGGCAAGGGGGACGACUCCACCCCGACGAUCCUGCGCGAGGGCCCUCUGACAGUGGCAUUGAAAAGCGCGCACCACGACGGCGCGGAGACGGAGGUCCAGCAAGAGGAUGCCAUCGUCGAAGAAGUCAACCAUGCCAGGUACUUCGAAACUAGCACCGGCAUUGCGCAUCAGAAGCCGGAUUACACGGUUGCUGAAAAGGCCGACUGGGGGCUGAAGAGCUAUGCACAAGAAAUCAGGUGUGGCCCAGAGCCUGAUCAGAUGCCAGCCCUAGACAACGAAGGGCUCGAGGUACCCUUCCACGCGCACUACUCGGGUGUGGAGCAGAUCACCAACCAGAGGAUGUUCCUGGCAGACUCGGAAUUUAGGAACAACGUGAAGGCAUCAGCCGCAACCGGUGUGGGUGCGUUCCACCGCAACUCGGAGUUCACAAAGGGUUGUGACAAGUUCAUCCUGGGCGUGCACAAGGACGAGGCGCUGAAUGCCAUGUACACCGGGCUGAAGGACACCCAGCCGUUGAGGCAUCUUGGAGGCGAGCUUGCGCCGAACCACUUUGCCGGCAUCCCUUCGCUGGCAGCACUGAAAGCUACAAUCCAUCAGAAGGUGCAAGAGGUCUGGGGCCCCAUGGGCUAUGUGUCACUCCGCCAGCGGCUCUUCGACUUCUGUGAUCACGAAGGUUUCGUUCCGAAGGGCAACGUUGUGGCUGUGUUGAGGGAGCAGCUUGGUGUUACGGAGGAGGAGGUGCCAAGCAAGCCCCUGGAUGUCUGGCUGACGCAGCUGGUCACCAUGAAGAAGGACGAGCUCACAGCUUCGACCUUCAUGUCAUCCUUGCGCCCUGCGCUUCCGCAGAAGGAGCAGCAAUCGUCUCUCCCGACAGUCGUGAACAGUCAUGUUGAUUCCUGA